AUGACAAUGCAGGAGAGCAUACGGGAUACAACGCCCCGAAGCCGCAUCGAGGGCAAGCGGCGGGUGUUCAGCGGCAUUCAGCCCAGCGGCGACGUGCAGCUCGGCAACUACAUCGGCGCCAUCAAGGGGUGGGUCGACCGGCAGGAGGAGAAGGAGAACUACUUCUGCAUCGUCGACCUGCACGCCCUCACCGUCCCGCAGGAGCCUGACGAGCUGCGCCACCAGACGCGCUCGCUGGCGGCGAUGCUGUUUGCCGCGGGGCUCGACCCGGAGAAGUGCACCAUCUUCGUCCAGAGCCACGUGACGGCGCACGCCGAGGCCUGUUGGCUGCUCAACUGCGUCACGCCCAUCGGCUGGCUGGAGCGCAUGACCCAGUUCAAGGCGAAGGCGGAGAACCAGGAGAGCGUGUCGACGGGGCUGCUGGACUACCCCGUGCUCAUGGCGGGCGACAUCCUGCUCUACGACGCCCAUGAGGUGCCCGUCGGCGAGGACCAGCGGCAGCACGUGGAGCUCGCGAGGGACAUCGCCCAGCGCUUCAACCACAUCUACGGCGACACCUUCGUUGUGCCGGUGGGCGUCAUACCCGAGAUCGGCGGGCGGGUCAUGGGCCUCAACGACCCCACGAUGAAGAUGUCGAAGAGCUAUGCGCACAUUCGGGGCCACGCAAUUCGCAUGCUGGACGACCCCAAGGAGAUAGAGCGCACCAUCAAGCGCGCCGUCACCGACACUGGCAACGAGAUCCGCUUCUCCGACGAGCCGGAAAGGGCCGGCGUCAACAAUCUGCUGGGCAUCUACAAGGUGAUCACCGGCAUGGAUGAGGCGGCGGUCGAGGCCGAGUUCGCCAAUGCCCGCGGCUACGGUGACCUCAAGAGCCGCGUGGCAGAGGUCGUAGUCGAGGCGCUCACGCCCAUCCGCGAGCGGUACGAGGCGCUCAUGCAGGAUGUCGACGCCCUCGACCGGCUCCUUGAGCGGGGCGCGGAGCGCGCGCAGUCCGUCGCCGGGCCAAAGUUGGACGAGAUCAAGCAGAGCAUGGGGCUGAUUCUGCGCAGCAAGUAA